UGAAAGACAUCCGAUCAGCUGCAACUACACACACACACGUACAUGCAGAACGAGAGAGAGGGAGAUAGAGAGCGCCACACACACACACGCACACACACUGAGGGAACCCCAUCAGCUGGGAGUAGAGUAACAUUACAACUCUGAACACUUAGCAACAUACACAUGCACAGACAAGGUAAAUCACAGGGAUUUUCGUACUUGGAGAAAACAAUUACAUACUAGACGGAUCAGAAGGUUUUGCACUUAUAAGAGAGGAACACAACAUUAACACAAAAAGAUUUUUUUUUACAAAAAGGAAGAAACGAAGACUCAAAACUGGAGAGAAAAGCAUGGAGUAUUUCAUGGUACCAGCCCAGAAGGUGCCUUCUUUGCAACAUUUCAGGAAAACGGAGAAAGAAGUGAUCGGAGGUCUUUGUAGCCUGGCGAACAUCCCCCUGACCCCAGAGACCGCACGCGACCAGGAGCGCCGCAUUCGCCGCGAGAUCGCCAAUAGCAAUGAGCGCCGCCGCAUGCAGAGCAUCAACGCUGGUUUCCAGUCCCUCAAAACGCUCAUCCCGCACAGCGACGGAGAGAAGCUCAGCAAGGCGGCCAUCCUGCAGCAGACGGCGGAGUACAUCUUCUCCCUGGAGCAGGAGAAGACCCGGCUACUUCAGCAGAACACACAGCUCAAGCGCUUCAUCCAGGAGUUCAGCGGCUCCUCCCCAAAGCGGAGACGCACAGAGGAGAAGGACGAGGGUAUUGGCUCCCCGGACAUCCUGGAGGAGGAGAAGGUGGAGGACCUCCGGCGGGAGAUGAUCGAGCUCCGGCAGCAGCUGGACAAGGAGCGCUCGGUCCGCAUGAUGCUGGAGGAACAGAUCCGCUCCCUGGACGCCCACUUGUACCCCGAGAAGCUGAAGGUGAUUGCGCAGCAGGUGCAGGAGCAGCAUGCGCAGACGCAGACGCUGAUGCGACUGCAGCAGCAACACGAGCAGCUGGAGAGAGAGCCCGCCCCACGCAGCCCACAGGUGUUGGCCCCUGCCACGCCCCCAGCCCCCACCCACCAUGCCACGGUCAUCGUCCCGGCGCCGACACUGCCUCCCCCACCCCAUCACGUCACCGUGGUAACCAUGGGCCCGGCAUCCGUCAUCAACACGGUGUCCACGUCACGUCAGAACCUGGACACCAUCGUGCAGGCCAUCCAGCACAUCGAGGGCACGCAGGAAAAGGUGGGCGGAUCCGAGGAGGAGCAGCGCAGGGCGGUCAUCGUCACCCCGGGCCGCCUCCCGCAGGAAGCCGCGGGCUCGGACACCGCCUCCGACAGCGAAGGCCCUGAGGACAAUGCACUGCCCUGAUCCCCCCCGCCCCUGCGACGGGGGGCGUGGUGUGUGAGGCCGAGGGGAGGGGCCUCCGCACGUGUAGAGCACUCUGAUAGGCUGAGAAAAACUGACACACUCACACAGACACCCAGGCAGAUCCAGAGGCAGGAAUUCUCCCAUACACAUGCACACGCGCACAAACAAAAAAACAGGAAAGCGAACAGACAGUCAGCCAGGCCCACAGCACACUACCAACAAAGCACUCGGCAGUCUCUCAUCCACCUGACACCGGUGCACGCCACACCCUCUCCCCGGCCACGCUGACGGGGUCUGCUGGGGUCAGACCUCUGAAGCGAGCCCACACACACACACACCCCCACACACAUAGACACGCCCACAGGCAACUUCCGCAGACAUCGCAAAGGCGAGGGCAUGUGCCCAAUGCACCCCUCUCAACCUCCCCCACAUCAGUU